AUGAGUCGCAAAGACGUCCUCAGUCUUUUCAUCUCUCUCACAUUGCGCCCCCAUAGCCGUUGCGCUUUCCGACUUAAAAAUGUGUCUCGCAGAGCCUCAACCUCGAAUUCACCUACGACGGAGAAAGCCCGAAUCGAAAUCAAGAAACCCACCAUUCCCCUCCACGUCGGCCUGGACCGAAACCCCGAAAAUCUGUCUGCUAUCUCGAGGAUUCCAAUUCCACGAGGAGUGACCGGCGAGAAAUUCACCCCCUCGGCCCUAGCCCGCCCACUCGGUCUCGAACACCCCCCACGACCAGGCCAAAACAGUCCCAUUGACAAUCGCACUCUCCGCGAAAGACACGAAGACUUCACAAGCUACGAGAAGGCUCUCGAGCGGCGGCGGGUAUACUUGCGGACAUUCUUCCGACCUUAUUUUCAAGAAUGGCGACGAGUUGAUCAUUUCAAGGGAAAGAGUUUUGUCUCAAAUCCUCGUUUAUUCAAGCGCGAAAAGGCUCUUUAUUUCCCCAAUAUUUGGGGCCGAACACUGGCCGCCGAAGGUGACGGACCUCAAGGAGGACGAGACACUACUCCGAUCCUUAUGGGCAAGGUCUCCGUUAUAGCUAUGCAGUCGGGCCACUGGGCAGAAGAACAAGUUGACACCUUCAUCAGUCUCAAAAGUAAUCCGGAACUGAACAAAAUGAUGGAAGAAAGCAACGGCCGACUGCAGCGGGUGGAUAUCAACCUCCAGGGCGACUGGGUUCGUGCUCUGCUCGUAAAGAUGUUUAGCAAACGUUUGAGGCAGACCAUCCCAGAAGAACGUUGGAACAAGUAUUUCAUGAUCAAAUUGCCUCGCGAUAUUCGACGCGGACUCAAUGAUGAGGUGCGCGACGCGAUCGGUCUACUCAACUCUCAAGUUGGAUAUGUAUAUCUGGUGGACUCGAGCUGCAAAAUCCGAUGGGCAGGGAGUGGUCAUGCCUGGGAGGGUGAAGUGGAAGGUCUGAAUGCUGCAGUUCGGAGACUGCUUCAAGAAGAACAAAAUUUGGGACAGACAGCCUCCCAAACAACAUCAAAUCGCCCCAAGUCGGUUAUCCCAAAACCAAGAGUCCCAACGCCCGAGAUCGAUAGGUCGACAGCUACUAUGAACAAGGGUAAUGCGAAACCUUCAGCCAUCACAACCUGA